AUGGCGUCCUCCCCCUACAUCUGCUUCAAUUGCAGACUGUCGCCCCGCAGUCCACUUGCGCGGCUGCCUGUGCGGCGACCGUUCUCCGCAUCUCACCGAACCCAGCAGAUUCUGCGACCCGCAACAGCCCCAAAGCCCACGCCGGAUGUCAAACACAUCCGCCAGAAUGCCGACCUCUAUGCGAAGAAUUGCGUAGAGCGGAAUUACCCCAGCCAUUCCAAAUAUCCUGCGAGGAUCCAGAUCUUGUCCGACGAAGCGAAACAACUCGAUCAGGAUUUGAAGACGCCGCGCUCCCGCAUCAAACAGCUCGAAAAGACAAUUGCGAAAUUGUCAAUUGCCGCGCGACAGGGUGCCAACAAAGAAGGGGGGAUUGGUGAGGAGGGAAACAAUGUCGAAGAGGAACUAUCCUCUCUCAAAUCCGAGGCACAGCGGUUAAAGGACGAGUCACAGGCCAUGACGGUCCGCAAAUCAACAUGCGCCGACGAAAUCAACCGGCUAGCUCUAUCCCUCCCGAACCUCUCCUCCGCCGAAACACCCAUUGGAGACGACCCUCGUCUCGUUGGAUAUAUAAACCUCGACCCGCAAGACCCUCCCGCCUGGACGCGUCAGACUUCCGCAGAACUCACUGCCCGAUCGCAUGUUGCCAUCGGCACCGAGCUGAGCCUUAUUGAUUUUGCCAGCUCGGCAACAACAACGGGAUGGGGAUGGUACUUCCUCGUCAACGAAGGCGCAAUGCUGGAACAAGCACUAGUGCAGUACGCGCUGAGAGUGGCGCGUCGGCGCGGAUGGAAAACGGUGGCACCGCCAUCGAUCGUCUACUCGUAUAUUGCAGAGGCAUGCGGAUUUCAGCCACGCGAUCAGCACAACGAGCAGCAGAUUUGGUCAAUCGAACAACCUGAGCGUGAUCGGGACACUAAGCCGCAGCGCUCUCUCACGGGCACCGCGGAGAUUCCCCUUGCGGCAAUGUAUGCCGGUCGUGAUAUGGACGCGGCGGAUCUACCUCUCAAGCUGGUGGGUGCUAGUCGGUGUUACCGUGCGGAGGCCGGAUCUCGGGGUGUCGACACAAAGGGUCUCUAUCGGGUCCAUGAGUUCACCAAGGUGGAACUGUUCGGGUGGGCAGACAAUGUCAGCGCGGUGGAACAGCCUAUCUCUGUGAAGGCGACCUCCGACGGUCUCUUCGACGAAUUGCUGGAUAUCCAGACCGAGAUCUUGACGUCCCUACACCUCCCAUGUCGUGUACUGGAAAUGCCAACCACCGACCUCGGAGCCAGCGCAAGUCGCAAGCGUGAUAUUGAGGCCCUCUUUCCUUCUCGCUUCCGCCCGACCACGCAGGUCCCUGGCACCGACUCGGCAAUGACAUGGCUGGAGUCUGCUUGGGGCGAGGUGACCUCUGCCUCGAUAUGCACUGACUAUCAGAGCCGACGCCUGGCUACUCGUGUUCGCGGCGGUGCGGUGAAGGACUCCCGAUUUCCGCACACUGUUAAUGGAACUGCUAUGGCUGUCCCACGCGUGCUGGCUGCCAUCUUGGAGAACAACUGGGAUCCGGAACGUGGCGUGGUUGUAAUACCGGAGGUCUUGCGUCCUUGGAUGGAUGGCAUGGAGACCAUUGGUCGAGGCUAA